AUGGUAUUACCAGGAGAGGAGUUCCCCCCCGAACCAAAGCGGGCAAGAAGCGCAGCGAUUCCGAUGUCAGCAAUUGGUCGGAGACUUGCUGAACUAGAGGGUCGUGAGCAAGAAGCAGGUAAUCGAGUGGAUGCUCAGAGGAAUCAGCCACAAGCCCCCGACAUUCAACCUAUCAACCCAGCAGACCACCUUGAUCAGGAGGAGGAUCAACUUUACCGCGCUUUUAUUCCAGCUGGUGGCCUGGAUGAUCCUCCCAGAAACGAAGUCCAACUUUCACCCGUUAUCAAUCGAGCCGACUAUUAUCGUGAUGUAACUUACCAAGAGAGAAUUCUUCAGGAAGAAGCCAACUGGAGAAAGAUCAUACCAGCAAUGUUUAUCGCCUUCAUGCCGUGUAGCCGAGCAACUUUUCAGUGGGUAGACCCAAAUAAAUGGGAUCAUGACAUGAAUGAACCAUGUAAUUGUGCACUUUGGAAGCGGUCAACAGUCACCAUUGAUACAAUUGACUGGUGUGUCUCACACCGACGAUCCCUUUGUUUCAAAGUUAAAUCGCUGCUAACGCGCGAGCGUGCAGCCCACAAGCAGUAUUUGGAUAGCAGGUUGAAGUUGGAUAUUCUCAAACGUGAACCUACUUACAACGAAGAUUAUUUCAUCCAACAAUGGUCUCGGCAGCGGGAAUGUCAACUGAACGCAUUGGUGCAUGAAAACACUGAGACUCUGAGCAAGAAACUAGCAAAGCUUGUGGGUUUGGAACAAAGCCUGCAGACCUCAGAGUUGAGUAACUUAUCUUUGCUUGACUACGAAUUUGAGUUGCUACGAGCAAAGCGUCGACGGGAUCGAACCCGUGCAGAGCAGCUCGAAUUUGCUGCCCUACCUGAGUCUAUUGCUGUGCUGAAAGCCAAGAUUGAGGAGGUGGUGGACCAACUCGGAGGUGACAAAUAUAGAGAUACUCCGGGGGCUUCGAAUGACAACGUUGAGAACAUUACAAACGCCUGGAUGAUGCAGAUCGUAGGUUCAGUAAAGCCGAGGAUGUCAGAUCGCUUGGUUGAGAGCAAGGAAGUUUUGAACUCACUUCUUAGUCGCUUUACACACAGUCAUAGCCGAUUAUGUAUCACAUGGAAUAUUGAUAUGUUGAAGAUCUUGAACAAGACAGUUGAGGAUAGUGAUUUAAGCCAAGACAGCGAAGUCAGUCUUGAACUUGAGUGGAGGAAUUUGGCGGUAAGAUCAAGACUGGCCUUUCAAAGGGUGGUGGAAGCUCCAAUUGUCAAGGCAGAGCCGCUUGAUCAGGAUGAAGCUGCCGAGUUUGAGAUGGAGGACAAUGAGGACGAGUUGUUGUUGUUGAAUGAUGAGGGCAAUGGGGAUGAGGUAGACGAGGAGGAAGUCGAUUGA